AUGACAUUUGUUGUUGACGAUAAUAAGGUCAGCGGGGGCGACUCCGAGCACUCAGCCAUCACGUUGUCCGGUACAGAAGAAGCAGCCAACGACGGCCCGUCGUCCGUUCGGCUGGAUAGCGAGGAGCACGAGCACGCAUCAAAACUUGAGGACGAAAUAAUAUCUCGAGCACAGUCACCGCCCCCUAGAUACCCCAAUUCCGAUCCAUCGACUUCUGCGCCUGCCUCUCCAAACCCCCCUCCUUUCUCCUCACUCUAUACCUCAACUGUCGAGGCCGUUGAAGCAUACAAGACAGCAGUCACUGAAGCCGGCGCAUCUGCAUCUGUCCCAGCAUACGCGCCUGUCGCGCCUAAUACACCACUCUCUUCGUCUUCUCAAGACGUUGUUGCUGAGACAAAGGCUGCUUUACCACAGGAUACAAAAGGGGAGUCCUCGAAGAAAGACGACGAUAACGAGCCUCCACCAGCGUAUUCGGAGGGUUCCAGCCCGCUCGAUUCUUUCACAUACCUGAUGGCGGCUGCAGGAGGAGCUGCGAGUAUUAUUACUCAGGUGCAGCAAGGUGGCGCGCCACCUAUAAAUACUUUAGGAGGUAUAUGA